AUGCCAUCCAUCAGAAAAUGGAUCAAACACAAGUUGGCUGGCAAGAACAGACAAGAAACACCGGAUUCGCAACUGCCAGCACUAGAUGAUCCCUUAUUUGCCCUUGCUAGAAUCCAGCCGUUGACUACCACGGACCUCCUCGACGAGAAGAUCCAGAACUAUGGUCUUUUCGGCCGCCUGUCCCCUGAGCUGCGACAGCAGAUUCUGAAAUGCGUAUUCGGUGGGGGAAGGACUAUCCAUCUAGAUCUGGUUUAUGAUCAUCCACGGGUGCGCAAACAGCAGGACUCGUUUCUGCUUGACAGCGACUCGGAUCACCUGUAUUACGGAAGUGUUUCUACAUUGGUUCCUAAUACAGCCAAGACUAAACGUUGGCACUGGUCUGCCUGCCUCUGUCACCGCACGAGAUAUAGGAAAUGGGAUCCAGAUCUUGUCAUCGGUCGUCCAAAUAUCCACGCGCUCUGCCGGCCUGCUGAGCCAUUUGAGGAUCACUACGUCGAUGGGAUAUUCAUCAUCUAUGGAACCAACACAUUUCAUAUAUCUACACUACAGCUUUUGCUAAAAGUACCUCGUCUGAUUCCGCAUCACCUGUUUAACGAAAUUACAUCUCUGGAGCUCACGUGGUACUUCGAUUCCAUCUAUAAAAAUCAAGAACCCGUUCAGCACAGUACCACGAGCGGUGACGAGGGACAAGGACCUUCCUUGCUCGCACUCUCUGCCACUAUUCCAAAGAUUUUUCCGCGGUUACAAAAGCUCUACAUAUCAUUUCGAGGCUAUGUUGACUUGUCCAAUCAUAGCACCAACAAGGAGAUUAUACCAGAGGUGGAAACUAUCAUACUUGGACCUACAGAACGCAUAUUAUGUGCUAUGGGGCCACGGCGUGGCAAGGAAUUCAGUAUCGGUCUUGAUAGUCAUACUCUAUGGCACACUCUUGCCCAAAAAUACGGUGACCCUGAAAGGAGAGACUCAGCAAUGGGACGUUCAGAAAUGCAAGGCGGGAAAUUCUGGAAGUCCAUCAACCAACCUACACGCAAUCUCACUGCUAGUAUAGAAACAGUCCAGGACGAUCAUUACGGGUACUGGAUCUGUGGUCGUACCAAGGCGAUAACAGAUCGAUAG